AAAACAUCUGAAAAAAUUGCAAACAAAAGUAGAGAAAAUAUUUCUUGUUUUUCAAAUUACUGUUUCCCACUGUGUUAUGCAUUUCUUUGAGCUUGUGCCUCCAAACCACCGGCUGAAUCAUAAACCCUAGAUCACACCCAGCUCCUGCGAGAUCGAUCAGAGAAAAAGAAUCAUUCUUUAUGAAUUUUCGGUAUUUUUGAAUUUUGAGUGAUAUAUUAUGCAUAGAUCUGGAGUAGCCAUGGCUUGGAACGUGUUCAAGUUCUGCACAGCUUUGCGAGGUCUGGGCUCGGUCAUGAUCCUUCUUGUUCUUGGGGUCGUCGGUGUCACAUAUUACACUGUCGUUUUGACCAAUUAUGGCCCGGCUUUGUACGACGGCGGCCUUGACUCUCUCGUUGCUGUUGCCGUAUUGAUCUUAUUUCAUUGCUUGUUGGUGAUGCUAUUAUGGAGUUACUUUUCUGUUGUUUUGACGGAUCCGGGGGGUGUGCCACCUAAUUGGAGGCCUGCUGUGGAUGAAGAGAGAGGGGAGGCUGACCCAUUGACUGGGUUGGAUUUUAAUGGUUUGCAGCCUGACCCCUCUAAUCAGAGAAUCCGGUAUUGCCGGAAGUGCAACCAGCUGAAACCACCUCGUUGCCAUCAUUGCUCAGUUUGUGGGCGGUGUGUACUGAAAAUGGAUCACCAUUGUGUAUGGGUUGUUAAUUGUGUUGGUGCCUUAAAUUACAAGUAUUUUCUUCUUUUCUUGUUUUACACAUUUCUCGAGACAAGUGUUGUAGCAUUAUCCUUGCUGCCACAUUUUAUUUUGUUCUUUAGCGAGGGAGAAAUACCUGGAACACCUAGCACCCUUGCAACUACCUUUCUUGCUUUUGUCUUGAAUCUUGCGUUUGCAUUAAGUGUUUUGGGUUUUCUGGUCAUGCAUAUAUCAUUGGUGGCUGCAAACACCACAACCAUUGAGGCAUAUGAAAAGAAAACCUCUCCUAAAUGGCGCUAUGACCUUGGUCGAAAAAAGAAUUUUGAACAGGUGUUUGGGACAGACAAACGAUACUGGUUCAUCCCCGCUUACUCGGAUGAAGAUUUACGGCGGAUACCAGCACUUCAGGGUCUUGAGUAUCCAUCUAAGCCGGAGUUUGAUUCCCAAGAGUUCUAAUAUGUUCGACAUGUCACAACACUUUUCCGUGUAACAAUAGAGAGAAGGAACAUCCACAACCAGCAUGCUUUGCAGUUAUAACUAAUCAACCGGCUUGCGACAAACUGUGGCUCAUAACUUUUUGUUCCCAUGGGCGUCUUCUUGUAAGCGAACAGUUAGAGAGAGAGAGAGAGAGAGAGAGGGCUCGUUAUCAAGAGGCGAACUGAGAAGAGCGGUUAUGGGUUGCGGUGUUGCGGAGAAGUGGGAAUGGCAUAUGACUUGACUGAUGUUUAUUGUAUGUGCUAAAUAUGUAGUGGGCAAUUUGGGAACUGUAACAUAAGGGAGAUGGAACUUUGAUGUGGUGGGUUGAUGAUGUUCCUCCUUAGGUUUGUUGUACCAUUCAUUGAAAUUACAGAACCCAAUCAAAUGUGAUAUGCGUGGGAAAAAUCUAACGUCAAACUGAUUUUUUUUUUUUUCAUGUAUAUUGAUUGAUAUUCGGUAUCUUAUACACGGAGGUUUCUGGCGUUA